AUUACACGUACAACUGUUCAUUCCCCCCACAAACAGAAAAAUCGAGAUAUUCACCCACCACCAACCACAAACCACCAGUAAAACUUUCACCCAGGAAUAGUAGAUCCUCCCAAAUCUCCAGUAAUUUGAUUCAAUUACCGCGCCAAAGCCCGAAUAAACAAUGGUCAACCUUCCGAGAAAAUCCCUGAGCCUAGUGAUUUCAGCGAUAAAGAACAUGCAGGAGAGAAAAGGUUCGAGUUGCCGGGCGAUAGUAAAUUACAUCUCAUCCCUGUGCGACGUACCCCGAGAUAUCGCUCAGCGUCAGGUGUUGACAGCCCUAAAACGCGGUACAAUGCACGGCAUUUUACGGGAGACAGAUGGGCACUACAGUCUACCAACGGGCGCAUCGAACGAGUGCCUUGAGGUGGCUGCACAGGAAUUGGGGCUGUUGGAUCUCUCCUGUCGGAAGCGAAAACAAGAGGCGCGGAAGCGCAAGAGUGCGAAGGGAUGUGGCGGGGGCAAGAAGAUGCGGCGGAAGAAGUCGCGGAGGGGACGGAGUCGCAAGCGGAAAGCGUCUAAGAGCAGGAAGGCAAGAGGAUGCGGCAGUGCACGCAGCAAGAAGAGGGGGCGGGGCCGGAAGAGGAGCAAGAGGCGCAGCAGGAGGGGCAAGAGCAAGAGUAGGAGCAAGAGCAGGAGCAAGUACAAUUGCGGGACGGGCAAGUCGAAGAGGAGCAAACGGCGCAGGAGUAAGAGGAAGGGAAAGAAGAUCAAGUCGUGCGCAUGCCCGCCGAAGGGCGAGCCCAGAGCGCCGAAGAGCGAUAAUAAGAGCAAGUGCGCGCUGAAUUUUGUUGAGUAUAUUGGGAAAAAGGAUUUGGACACGUGACAUGCAGGGAUUUUUCAUUUUUAUUUUUAGUAAUUUUGAUAAAAAUGUGAGGAAUUCGGUUGAGAAAUAUAUGAGGGCUUGAGGAAUUGA